AUGUCAAACAAUACAACCAAUGAAUCCGAUAAUGAUUUAUCAUCAAGUGAAUCUGAUGAUGAAAUGGUAAACGAUGAACAAGGUGAUUCGAACUCUGAUCAUAGUGUAGAAUAUGAAGAUCAUAGAAAUACUAAUACUAAAUGGAAUGAAACAAUCGGUGUAAGCGAAGAAUCUUCAGGUAUUGACAACGGUGGUGAACGAGAUGUUGUUGUUGUUGUCGCAGAAAAUAAUAAUGCUGGUGGAAAUGAAGCAGUUGAUAGCGAACGAAAUGCUGCAGCUGCUUCUGUAAAUAAUCAAAUCAAAAUUCAGGGUAAUCAACGAGCUUCUGCAAGUGUUAUGAAUGUUUUGAAAAAAAAAGAUUUUAUUUCACGAGUCGAGACAGAAUUUGAAUCUGUUAAAGCCGAUUGA